GUCCGGUCCAGAUCUCUACCUACCUACCUACCUACCUAAUAGUGCCUACCUGCCUUACUCAAUUGUCCGCUUUCCGACACUGGUUCUUGCCUGUGGUCUCCAGGGCCGUCGCGAGUCCUAUAGUCUACUGUUCUUUGACGACGCAUUUGUAGGGACAUCAAGCUUCGCAUACAGCCACAACAAUCGCCCGGCGCCUCCUUCGCUGCAUGCAGACCGCACGGUUCUUGAUCCCCGCAACUUACCGCGUUGUAUCCAGAGUUGCUAGCAGGCCGCUUACGACGAUGCGGCGCGACACGGAGCAGCAGGCGUCAUGGCCUGUGGACAGGAUGGCGCCCUUGCAUCCGGUUGAGAGGGUCACGGAUCAUAUCGAGAGGCCCUCUGUAGACAACAGGACAUACCGCGUUAUCCGGCUCCAGAACAAGCUCGAGGCCCUGAUUGUUCACGAUCCGGACACGGACAAGGCCAGUGCAGCCAUGGACGUCAACGUCGGCGCCUUUAGCGACGAGGACGAUAUGCCGGGCAUGGCCCACGCAGUUGAACAUCUGUUGUUCAUGGGUACCAAGAAGUACCCAGUUGAAAACGCCUAUUCACAGUAUCUAUCAGCCAACUCAGGAAGCUCCAAUGCCUACACUGGCUCCACGUCCACCAACUACUACUUUGAGGUAGCGGGCAAGCCCAGCGACGACGGAGAGGCCUCGGCCGAAAACCCCUCGCCGCUCUACGGGGCAAUGGACCGGUUCGCGCAGUUCUUUAUCGAGCCGCUUUUCUUGGAGUCGACACUGGAUCGCGAACUUCAAGCCGUCGAUUCCGAAAACAAGAAGAAUUUGCAGAGCGACGUAUGGCGCUUCCAUCAGCUUGUCAAGUCAUUGUCAAACCCGAAGCAUCCAUACUGUCACUUUUCCACCGGAAACUUCGAGGUCUUGAAAACGGCACCCGAAGCACGGGGAAUCAAUGUCCGUGAUAAGUUCAUCGAGUUUUACAACAAGCACUACUCAGCAAACCUCAUGAAGCUUGUAGUCUUGGGAAGGGAACCAUUAGACGUACUAGAGAGCUGGGUUGUCGAACUAUUUUCUGACAUCCCCAACAAGAAUCUGCCCCAAAAUAGAUGGGAGGACGAGGAUCCUUUUGGCCCAGAACAAUUGGGUACACAGAUAUUUACCAAACCUGUCAUGGACAACAGGGAACUGAAUCUCUUUUUCCCCUUCAUGGAUCAAGAGAAUCACCACGAAACGCAACCCAGUCGGUACAUUUCCCACUUGAUAGGCCAUGAGGGGCCUGGCAGUAUCAUGUCUUAUGUCAAGACCAUGGGCUGGGCCAAUGGUCUUAGCGCCGGCGCUUACCCCAUUUGCUCGGGUAGCCCUGGGAUCUUUGACUGUCAAGUCCGUUUGACAGAGGAAGGACUCAAACAUUACAAGGAGAUAGUAAAGGCCUUCUUCCAAUAUGUAUCCCUUCUACGAGAAACGCCACCACAGGAAUGGAUAUUCAAAGAACAGCAAGAGAUGACUGAGGUGGAGUUCAAAUUUAAGCAAAAGACUCCUGCCAGUAAAUUUGCAAGCAAGACAAGCUCCGUCAUGCAGAGCGAAGUGCCUCGCGAAUGGCUUCUGAGCUACCCGAAGUUGCGGAAAUUCGACCCAGAACUGAUCAAGGAGGGCAUUGACAUGCUCCGCCCGGAGAACCUGCGUCUUACCUUGUCUUCGCGGGAAUACCCUGGCGACUGGGACCAGAGGGAGAAGUGGUACGGAACCGAGUACAAGUAUGAGAGGAUACCGUCAGACUUCAUGGAGGAGCUAAAGCAGGCCGCUUCAGUGUCGCCGCAGCAAAGGAUACGACAUCUACACCUCCCGCACAAGAACAUGUUCAUCCCAACCAAGUUGGAUGUAGAGAAAAAGGAAGUAAAGGAACCAGCUAUCGGGCCCCGCCUGAUUCGUAACGACGAUCUGGCACGAACAUGGUACAAGAAAGACGACAGGUUUUGGAUACCCAAGGCAGCCUUGGUGGUGAGUUGCAAGACUCCACUGAUCCACGCUAGUGCUCAAAACUACGUGAGGGCAAGACUUUACACGGAUCUCGUCAAGGAUGCCCUAGAAGAAUAUGCAUACGACGCUGAAAUUGCUGGCCUCAACUAUGCAGUCUCCUUGGAUGCCGCUGGCUUGGCGAUACAGAUCGCCGGUUACAACGACAAACUGCCAGUCCUUAUGGAGAGAGUUCUGCUUACGGUUCGGGACCUCGAAAUUAAGGAGGAGAGGUUCAACAUUGUCAAGGAGCGGACUGGCCGUGCCUACCGCAAUUGGGCUUUCCAGCAGCCAUACCACCAGAUUACUGACUAUUCCGGCUGGUUGAUGUCUGAAGUGGACUUUCUGAUUGAGGACAUUGCCACUGAGCUGCCCAUCGCAACUAUCGAUACUGUCCGGAGUUUCCAUAAGGAAAUGAUCUCACAAAUGCAUAUGGAGUGCUAUGCCCUAGGCAACCUGUACAAAGAGGACGUUUUGAAGCUUACCGACAUGGUCGAGAAGACACUCAGGCCACGGAUACUGCCCAAGUCACAGUGGCCUAUCACACGGCAGCUGAUCUUUCCACCCGGGUCCAACUACACCUACGAAACGCCGCUCAAAGAUCCCAAGAAUGUCAACCACUGCAUAGACUAUCUGUUGUACGUUGGCGAUAUCGACGAUAUGGCCACCAAGCCCCUCCGCGCCCAGACACUGUUGCUUGAUCAGAUGGCUCGGGAGCCCACGUUUGAUCAGCUUCGGACGAAGGAGCAACUGGGAUAUGUCGUAUUUUCUGGCAUCAAGUCGACACCAACGACAUACAGCUUCAGGUUCGUCAUUCAGAGCGAGAAGAAGCCCUCGUAUCUUGAGUCUCGCAUCGAAGUUUUCUUGCUCCAGUUUGGGAAGAAAUUGGAGGAGAUGAGCGACGAAGAAUUCGAGAGCCACAAGAGGAGUCUUAUCAACUCCAGGUUGGAAAAAGUCAAGAACUUGGAUCAGGAAGUGGCCAGGCACUGGAACCAGAUUUACAACGGGACAUAUGAUUUUGAACGAAUGCAAAAGGAUGCGGCCAAUAUCAAGUUGCUGACCAAGCAGGAUAUGCUCGAAUUCUACGCGCACUACAUUGACCCCAAGUCCAAGGCUCGGGCCAAAGUCGUGAUACACCUACUGGCGCAGGCCAAGAGCGACGUCUCAACACGGGAGAUCUCAGAGUUGAUCAAAACUCUCAGCCUAAACUCGGAGCAGGCGACCAAGGCAGCGACGGACCUGCAGGCGCGACUCAGCUCAGCGCACCAUGACCAUAACAAGGAGCUUGAGGAGCUCAAGGAGUACUUGGUCAAGGACUUGGCGGUGGCCGAUGAAGCCAAGAUCGAUGCGGCAGCUGCAGCAUGGGAGAAGUUGUCCAAAGAACACCGAACCAAUGGGAAUGCGGUGGGCGGCGACAAAGCUACAGCAGCCGAGGAUGUGCAGCUCUCGCACAACGGGACAACGGCGGUCGUCAUCGAAGAUGUUUACGACUUCAAGCUGAAUAUGAAGGCCACAGGUGGGGUGCGGCCAGUGAAGGACUUGAGCGAGUAUGAAGACUUUGAGCCUAAGUUGUAAGCAGACUUCAAGGCAUUUCUCACAGGUCUGUCCAUUCUUGCGGAUUGGGUUUAUUGAAGAUGCGCUUUGGAGCGUGCACAUAGAGAUAUAUUCUAGUGAUACGAUACAAUAAGCAUAUCUGCGUACCAGUA